UUCCUAGGUAUUUUGUCGAAAUCCAUACAUACAAAAACUAGUAGUUUCAUUUUUCACUUCUACAACAUGAAACUAUUUGAGGUUAUCUUACUGUUAUCAAUUGAAAAUCUAAUCCAAAUAUGGACGUAAAUAAUGAACAUGUUAGAGCUGUAGAUUUAUACAGAGAAACUCCAAUUAGAUACUUGGGUUACGCGAAUGAGGUUGGUGAAGCUUUUAGAUCAAUAAUUGGAAGCAAAUGGGUAAAUUUUUCCUAUGGAGUUGCUACACUUUAUGUUUUAGCAGAUACAACAGACAAGAGUAUAGCUGCUUAUAAAACUUCAAAGAAUGAAAAAAAUCACAUAAAAAAAGUUACUUAUACUACAGCAGAUACCUUGAUAUGGCAAUUGAUGGCAUCUGUGGUUGUACCAGGCUUAACGAUAAAUAGAGUUUGUGCUGUAUCAAAUUUUUGUUUGCACAAAAUUCACAAACUACCGAAUGCUAACAGAAAAUGGUUGGUUACUGGAAUCGGACUCGUAACGAUUCCUUUCAUUAUAAAACCUAUAGAUUAUUAUGUAGAUGUAGUGAUGGAUAAGAGUUUAAGAAAAUAUCAACCCGAAUAAUCAAAUUUUGGAGAAAGCUCAUUUAGCAUUUUUGAUUUGUUAAUAUGGAUUGGAUGAAUAAUUAGAUGAAUUUUGAAUAAUUUAAAAUUAUUGUUAGCGCCUUGAAGUUUAUAAAUGUUCGAAGGAUCAGCAAAUUUAGUUUAAUCAGUAUUAACAAAAGCUGGUUCGAAUGUCACUUGUCAAUUGUCACUCAUCUUUCACAGAAUAAAUCAGAUCAGGGUUAUCCAGCCAACACAGAACUGUAAUAUAAUUGUAAUGUUGGUUGCCUAAUGUAUUAAACCUAAAAAAUUAUGUAUUACUAUAUUAUAUAGAUGUUUAUGACCAUAUCGCAACCUCUUCUUUAGUUGUUCAAAGUCUUCAAUUUGGGCAGCACUUAAAGCCACUGUUUUCUCCUUAUCGAUCAACUAAUAACUCUAGCGGCUGCUUCCAACUGUUUUACGUUAAAUUUUGGAGCCUUCACUCGAAUAAAAUUGCCAAUAUUUUUUUGUUUUGGGUUGUGUUUGCAGUUUGCAGGAUUUUAUAUGUUCGCAACUUCUUGGCUUCUACUCGAGUAUCUUGUGAUUUGAUUUCCCAUCAUAGUCAUCUUAUUUUCAAAAACCCCAUUUCAUUUUUUCGUACAACGUUGUUAAUCCAUUCUCUGUAUUCGAUUUGAUUGUUUCGUUAAAAAUUGUCAUCUUAUUCUUGAUAUCAGAUUUUAAAAAUGAAAUUUUAUUUUCGACAUCAGCGGCAAUGUCAAUUUUCAAUGAUAAAAUAUCGUUCUUCGUGGUUUUCAAUACUCUUAUCUAUUCUAGUAGAAAUCGAAGAGCUUAAGGUGGAAGCUUCGUCUUUGGAUAGAAUUAUUUCUGGACCAAAGACGUCACUUCCCAGUGCCACUUUGAGUCUUCCUACUUAUUCACUCUUCUCACUGGAUUUGAUGCACAAAAUGCGGGAGUGAGUAGAUGGCAAUAAAAUAUUUCUGUGAUAGAAAAAUUUCUCAUACGAUCCCUCAUUUCUGAGUAAUGGGCUUCUAAAGUUCCGAAAUCAGAUCUCAUAUUUGAGUAUAUUUUUUAAAUUAUACAAUCGAACAUUAUGAAUUUUAAUGGCCUGGGGUGGCUCAUAUCCAAUGGUUAACAAUCCGUAACUUUUUAAGGAUAACCCUUGCAAUCUAAAGAUAAAAAUGAAUUUUUCGGUUGACUUUUUAACAAAAACUCGAUGAAAUUUGUGAUUUAGGAGAUAUGUAGAUUUUUGAUAGUUGUACAAGCAAAGGAAACCGUUUACAAUAAAGAGACAUUUUGCAGAAAAUUAUCAUACAAUUUUUAUUGAAACUACUUACAGGAAGCAUUAAAUUACAAUCAAACAUCUCUAAUUGAAUUGCAUAUUUCAAACAAACUGCUACUUACAUAAGAAAAAAAUUUAAAUCUAGAAAAAUUUAGUUGUUUACCCUAUAACUUGUCAAAUAAGGACAAAAAAACUAUAAUAAAUGUACGAAGUGGUCACUUUGCACUUAUACACACUUUAGGAGUCUACGGAGGAUAUUUCUUUGAACUUGAAAGACCAAACCAAGAUUCUGCCUUGUAGCGUCACAAUGGAAGUUUAUUCUAUCGAUCAGUUCGUUACUUCUGUUUACAGGUGUUGCAUAUAUCAAGCUUUUAAGAUAUCUACAAAAAUAUGAAUGAAUCCAAUCCAUCUAUUAGAAGCAACUUUAUUAAGAUGAUUUUUUAUAUCAUUUAGGAAGUGGGGAGGAGCUCCAUCAUACAUAAACCUCAUGUCUCUGCGACCAACUAUUCCUGCCCACAUAUUAUUUAGUGAUAAUUAAAGAUGUUUUUUAUGAAUAAACUUUUUUUCAAAAUA